UCAAAAUGGCGUCUACAGCCACUGCCGCUUCAACCCCACAACUCGGGAACUGCCGUUCCCUUGUUCGCCACAAAAACCCUACUUUUACCCCUCUCUCCUUCUGUAAAGUAAACUCAUUUGCAAAUCAUGUUGAAUCUCUUAUUGCAUUGCGUCCUCAUAGUAAGGCUGGGAAAGUGUCAUUGCCCCUACGUUUGAAUGGUUUAUUUGGGGGAAAAAAGGAGAAUAAUGAUAAAAGUGACGAGAAAUCAUCAAAGGCAGGAUUACUGGGAAAUAUGCAAAAUCUGUAUGAAACUGUGAAAAAAGCACAGAUGGUAGUCCAAGUUGAGGCUGUUCGUGUGCAGAAAGAACUUGCUGCUGCUGAGUUUGAUGGCUAUUGUGAAGGUGAACUGAUAAAGGCAACACUCUCUGGCAACCAGCAACCAGUGAGCAUUGAGAUAACUGAAGCUGCAAUAGAACUAGGGCCCGAAAAACUCUCUCUUCUGGUUACUGAGGCCUACAAGGAUGCACACCAGAAGAGUGUCAAGGCUAUGAAGGAAAGAAUGGGCAAUCUUGCACAAAGUUUAGGGCUGCCACCAAAUCUCAAUGAGGAGUUGAAGUGAAGUUAAGUGUUUGGCAGUGCUUCAAUUUUGUAUGAGCUUUGCAGAAAAUAUUCAUUCGCAAUGUUGAUGGGUCACAUUUACUUUUUUAACUUCUAAUAUAUUACAGAUUAUUUGCACAUUGUUA